AUGGUUCUGCCCACAUUCGUUCUUUCGGCUGCUCUGGCCACAUCUGUUGCAGCCUACGAUACCCUCCUCAACUUUCACGGUGCCCCCGAAGUCGAAACCCGCAGUAUUGAUGAGAUUCACAAGGCUGCUGUCGCUGAAGGUGGUGUCGUUACUCUUUGGCACGGAGGUGAUGAGAAGACUCAACAGGACGCUCUGAAGGAAGCUUUCGAGAAGCGCUUCCCCGGAAUGACCCUUAACCUCACCGUCGACAUCUCCAAAUAUAUCGACGGCGACAUCGACCGCCAGCUGUCGCAAGGCAACGUUUACGUUGACAGCGAAGGUGCUUUGCUGCGGUACAAGCCGUUGGACUUUGACAAGAUCCACCCUGGCUUCCGUGAUGUAUGGGCUUCGUGGUAUGCGGUUGUUGUGUUUGGUUGGACCAACAUCUGGAACACCGAAAAGGUUUCCGAAGGCCCCGUCGAGUACUCGGAUUUCUUGAAGCCUGAGUACAAGGACAAGUUGGUCUUUACCUACCCGAAUGACGAUGAUGCCGUUCUUUAUGCAUUCGACCUGGCUAUGCAGCAGAACGGGUACAGCUGGUUCGAGAACCUCCUCGCCCAAAACCCUCGUUGGGUCCGCGGCACUGCUACCCCGACCACCGUCAUGGGUCAGGCCAACAACUCAUACGCCGUUACCUUCACCGGCGCUCUCGGACUAGCACCCACUGCUCCUUUCAAUGUUUCUAUCCCUAAGAAUGGCUUCUUCGUCACCUGGGGCCAGCGCGCUGCGAUUCUCAAGGACGCCCCCCACAAGGAGGGAGCAAAGCUUCUUCACAACUUCUUGCUCAGCGAGGAGUAUCAGAGCCCCAACAACACCGGCAUGUGGAGCGUCCGCAAGGACAUUCCUGCCCCCGCUGGCUUCCCGGAACUGAUGGACGUCAACUCUACGAACCCCAUUGACUUUGAGCGUUUCAUGGCGGAUCGUGAGCGUGUUGAGAGACUGAAGCUUUUCUUCGAGAGCAAGAUUGGCUCCGCCCAAGGACUCAGCCCCUUGGUUGACGACUUGUAA